AGCAACCAAAGCUCAAAGUGUACACCCGUGUGUAGAUCAACCCGGGGCGUGUUUGGCUGGUGCGCCACAAGGCAGAAUGGGAAUCAUUGAACCAAUUGGUGGCGAUUUGUUGGACUCUGAUCCAUCGAAUGAUCCACCGGCUGGAUGUGAUGCUGAGAUCAUAUGGGUGAUGUCUGACCUUUGCCCAAUCGAUAUAGAGAGAAAGCUUGAUGCUGUCGACCUUGUGCGAGAUAUCACGCAAAACGUGGAUUUCACCUCAGCUUUAAGCGCCAUGGACCGGUUCUGGAAUUGUUAUUUUUCCUUGGAUGAUGCAACUAUUGAACUGAACAAUAGGUUCGACUUUGGAAGUUACCAGUACUUUUACUCCAGCAAAGAACCAUUUCCUGAUGUAUUAGUCGUAGUCACUGACGAUGUUCAAUUGCAAGGCUCAUCAAAUCUCACGGGACUUGGUGUGAUAGCGUACGCUGUGGGCUUUCCCCCUGGAGUAUAUGACAAAUAUAAUGAGGCUCAACUUUUGGAAUGGGCUGGCGUUGCAGGGACAUCUGAUGUAUUUGUGGUUUCAGAUCUCCAGCAAAUGAAUGAUAUAAUCUGGCGUCUUGGGGAAAUGGCAUGGCUAGAUUUGUUCUAUUGAGGCUAAUAUGCAAAAUAUACUAACAGGAUCUGCAGUAACGAUUACAUACACAUGGAUACAUAAAUUAAAGCACAUUCGCUGGAGAAAGUAACACGUCUGUAACGCGUGCUUUUUUAGUUUUGUUG